UUUUUGAAAAAAUGAGGACCAGAGAUAGAAAAACAAAGGGAGGGAAUGCACAAGCAACCUCUCUUCUUUGGAUCUCUAGAACCUCAUUACAACUCUUUUUUUUUCUGUUCUUUUCUCCUCUCUCCUCUCUUUUCUUCUGAUAUAUUUCUUCCAACAUUGUGUUGUUUGCAUCUGAUUAUUUCUACCCUCUCUAUAUCUGUAUAUGUUCAUUCUUUCCAGGGCUGUUGAAUCUUGAAAUUCAUAGGUUGUGAAGUUCCUUUUUUCGGAGAAAAUAUACGACUAAUCCUCUGUUAAAUUAUGAACCCGGUCAGAACUCAUUCUUCUCCGGAUUUACCUACGACGUACCAGUAUGAUGAUUCUGCUUUAGAAGGUGUUGCAGCAAAUGUUAAGUUAUUGUUGAAGCUUAUCCAAGAUCAUAAACAUGCCUGCAAUAAGGGGCAAAAGGAUAGCCGGAGGAUGCUACGGGUAGCUGGAAUGAUGACAGUUUUGGAUAAUGUCAGAACCCGAAUUCAAAAAUGCCAAUCAUUUGGCAAUAAAAGAUCAGAAGCAGAGUUGAAACGGUGUAUGAGCGAUGUUAAACUUAAUCGUAUGGUCUUAAAAGAUAAGAAGCCAGUUGAUGAUGAGAAGGCAGAAUUGAUUAAACAACUGAGCGCAAGCUUGGCAGCCCAAAAGAGCUUACAAUUAAUGUGUUCAAGCUUAGGACAAGAAAAGGAAAUAAUGGUAAAAGAACUAGCAAGGAAAAACUCUGAAUUGAGUGAUCUGGAGGAACAUAUUAACGACCUCAGAACACAAAACAAUUCGCUAUUGGAGAAAGUGAAGGGAUUUGCCCCAGGACACAAUGAGAAAGCUAGCGAAGGGAUAAAGGAAUUGCAAGGAAAUGUAGACCUCCAAGAACAGAACAAGGUACUAUCCCAACAACUACUGAAGUCACUAGAAGGUUAUCGGUACAUGAAGAGGAAACUACGAGAUUCACAAGAAGAAACUCUACAGUUGCGUGCAACAAUGGAGGAAGUAUCAGAAAAAACUGGAGCGGGCCUUCAGCUGGUUUGUGAAUUGAAAAAACAGAAUGAUAGAGAGAGUAAUACAGUAGUAGAAUUGGAGAAUGUGUUCCAAUCUUUGCAAGUGAUGGUGGCGAAACAUGGUAAGAAGAGAGAGUAACAUAGGAUCAAAGGUAUUAUUGUAUAAAUAUUAUUCCGAUUUCUGGCCCCAGUAUAUGGGGAAAUGUGUAUGAAAGGGGAAUUAGUUGUAAGGUCACUGUAGUAGUAUGUAGAAGAUGUUGUCCUGUGUUUUUUUGUAUAAUUUUGUAGAGUAAUUUACUGCCGCCAAACUAUUACUGUGUAA